GUUAUUUAUCAAGCGUCCACUCGUCCGAUCGACGAGUGGGUUGCCGUCAUCCAACUGGAACUCCAACCACGUCUGGGUCAAUACGGCCGAUCGCGUUUAUUUAAUUGCUAAGGAAAUGGUUUGCGCUGUUUAUACGAGAAUUUGUUGAGCAAUCAUUCCAGUGAUGAUGCAGUAUUUUACAAUAACUUACGGAUAAUUUUCAAUUCAUUGACCUACUUUCAUGGUCAAGGUAUCUUUCAAUUCUUCCAGUCUGAAAAUUCUUGCUUCAUCUGGCGGUAUAAUAGAAGAAAAUUAUCGCACAAACAUGCAGAGCAAACAAUACCUAUCAUUAUGCUUGGUCGCAUUGGUGUUGGGACAAGCAUUUGCAUUGCCCCAACAACCGCUUCAUCAGCAAAUCGAAGAGGCAAGAAAGUUCGCAGAGAAGCCGAACGCCAUGAAGAAAGUUGCUUUAGAUGACAUCGAGGACAUUAGUACCAACUCGAUUCAGGAAGGCGGCGGUACGGGCUUCUCCUGGUCGAACAUGUUGGGGAUGUUGAUGCAGAUGUUGCUGGGUCAGACCUCUGGCAUCGCCAGCCCCAGUAAGAAUGAGAUCGACGAGGGCGUGCCAGCUAGCCCUUGGGCCAACCUCCUCUCCGUCGGACUACGCGUACUCACGGCGAUCCUGGGCGGACCUCAGCAACAGGUCGACGGUAUCGACAAAGUCGAUAACCAGAGCAGCAGUCCCAUGCAGGGAAUUUUGACAGCGGUGCUGGGUGCGUUUCUGGGACAGGGCAGGAAUCCGGAUCAGGUGGCUGUGAUAGCCGGACAGGCGAGUGAGUUCAUCAAUAUCGUCAUCAAUCUUCUGGACGCCUUGAAGACGUCCUUCUCACAUCGUUCCUUCCAGGCUCGCUCACUCGGAAGAAAGGACACGGUUUCUGAAGCCGCAGUAGCCUCUAUUUCUAUGCUCAAGGGAUACGUCAGAUCGAUGAAAUCCUUUAGUAACGUUGGCCGCGCGGAAGAAGAGGGACAGAGAGGAUGUGCCGAGAGAGCGCUUUGCGAAGCCAGUGCAGAGUGCGCCGCUGACUCCCAGGGGACCACUUCCAUUUUCUGCCAACUUGGAUCGUACGCGACAAGUUAUCUUCUCCAGCGGCAAAGCGGCGUCGGUUUCGAAGCUUUAUACGAGGCGGGAAGACGCGGACGUUCCGGAGAGGAUUGCAGGACACUUUUUCUCGAUUGUAACGCCGUCUGAGUUGCAAUAGUGACAUGAAGCGCUCUCAUGCGCACCAACAAGCACCCACAUACAAAUCUCGACGUGACGCGAUAUUAAACUAAAUAGACCAUGUAAAUGAUCAUAUUAUCAUUAUCAUUGACAUCGCUUAUAUAUUAAGAUAUAUAAUUGUAGUUAUAAAUGACACGAGAAAAAAUAGAGAACCGGGCUAGAUAUUUUUCGGGGCAAUUAUCGACUGAUGCUAAUGGGGCUUUAUGAGGUUUUUUUUUUGCGAGCGUACGACUUUGUGAAGGAAAGUGAUCAAAUGGCGUCACGCGGUUCUAUGAAAAUCUUAUAAAAAUUUAGUUUUCAUUGUAAGAGUUUUUCUACAUAAAACAAUGGCAGACGUAUAAUAGAGGUUCGACAUUUUUUCGUGUACAUCCUCACAAAUAUUGAUAUGGAUGUUUUUAGACGAGACGACUUAAGACACUGCAAUUGAAAUUUAGAAGAGAAAAAAUAAUUUGCGAUAACUCAAAGGACGAAAUAUGUAAUCGUUAUGCCGAAAUUGCGAAGGUAUAGUUCAGGAAAAUAGAAAGUGCAAAGCUGAAA